UUCUGAGUACAACGGAGAUACAAGUUCGCUGGGGUACUCCCUGCAACAAACAGCAUUUGUGAACUGUUUGCAAGGUUGCUGGUAAUCAAAUGUUCACUGUGGCAGGAGCAAGACACUAGAAAGCACAGCUGAUGGUUGCCAUGGUGGUGAAUAAUGUAUUCAUGACUAUCUCUUCUCUGUGGUUUUGUGAUGCAUAAGCACUAAUACACUGAUUCAUUCUUUGAAGCAUAACAGUGCCAUUUGAGACUCAGAUUUCGAGCCAUCUGAGGAUUGCUACAGCAGAAAUCACCUCUUGGACCAUCUGACAGUUUUCUCUCUGUUGUGUUUCUCUUGUGGUGACUGUCAGAUAUACUCCUUUCACCUCUGCAGGGUGGUAUCCAACAAGGAGGAUUCAUUCAGCAUAAUGGAAAAUUUUACAUCUCUGGUGCACCAGACUCAACUUCAGGAUUACACUUUUAAUUCAUCUCGGAGCCCAUACAGAUGCAAAUUUAAUGAAGAAUUUAAAUAUGUACUUCUCCCUGUAUCUUAUGGGAUUGUUUUUAUUGCAGGACUAAUUCUGAAUGCUGUAGCACUUCAUACCUUUCUGUUCAGGAUGAAACAGUGGAAUGCAUGCACCACAUUUAUGUUCAAUUUAGCAGUGUGUGAUACACUGUAUGUCAUUUCCUUACCUCUUCUUGUUUAUUACUAUGGCAACAGAAACCAGUGGCCUUUCAGUGCACCUUUAUGCAAAAUAGUCCGAUUUUUGUUCUACACUAAUCUUUACUGCAGCAUAUUGUUCCUUUCUUGCAUUAGUAUUCAUCGCUUUUUGGGCAUCUGCUUUCCAGUUCAGUCUUUACAUUGGGGAAAAGUGCGUAAUGCACAAAUAAUCAGCAUUGUGGUGUGGACCAUAGUUGUAAUAUGCCAAGCACCAGUUUUAUCUUUUGUUAGCACUGGUGUUGUAAGAAAUAUCACUGUUUGUCAUGAUACAGCCAGAAGGGAAAAUUUUGACCGGUUUAUCAUCUAUACCUCAUUCAAUCAGAUACUACUUUUCUGUAUCCCUUUUGCUGUUGUCCUGGUAUGCUAUUGCUUAAUGGCAAACAGACUAAUGAAACCAUCUAAGGUGGGGCCAUCACAUUCCAAAUCAAAGAAAAAGUCAAUCCGAAUGAUUAUUAUUGUUCUUACUGUAUUUAUAGUGUGUUUCUUACCAUUUCACAUCACUCGGACUUUGUAUUAUUCUUUUAGAAGUCUGGAUAUAAACUGCAAGACUGUAAAUGCUGUUAAUUUAGCCUAUAAAAUAACUAGACCUUUGGCUAGUGUAAACAGCUGUCUUGAUCCAAUUUUAUACUUUUUGGCAGGACAAAAGUAUAGAAAACAUUUGACGCUCCGGAACCAGAAAACCAAAAGACAGAAAUGGCCAAAAGCUAUAACAAGAAAGAUUUUGUCUGAUGGGACAGAUAAUAAAGACCCCACUGACCUAAUGCUUCAACAUUUAAAAUCUUGAUUUCAAGUCUGUUUCCACACUGUUGUGUACCUUAUAUAAUACCAGGGUUACAUCAGUUGUAUCAGCUAUGCUAUAAUGUUAUUUUCUGCUAAGAUGACAUGAAGGAACAAAUCAUGCAGUGAAAAUUAUCAAGAUCAUGUGGGUACAAAAUUAUAUGAUUCUUCAUUUACUGACAUACUAGGAUGUAUGAGCCUAACAUGCCUACAAUUUUCUUUUUGCAUGGUACAUAUUGUAUGCCUGGAUUCACCUUACUCUUCAAAGAACUGUGUAUAUUUAAUUCUGUCUCUGAGCCACUGGCUCUUAUAGAUAACCUUAGGAAUAGCACUGACAGGAGCUAUCAACCUGAUUCAAGAACAGUUAAUUUUGUUAUAUCUUCUAGAGAUAUUGAUACCUUAUAAACUUUUAAGAGGAGGCCUUGAGUACUGACUGACAGUUUUGGCAUGUUACCAAUCUGUUUUAGGACUAUUCUGCAGUUAAACUGUGUUUUUGCAUCAAUUCUUUACUAUUCUUACCACUCACACUUAGUAAUGAAGGAAUACCUGCAUUUAAUGAUCUAGGUCACUCAAUCAAAUGUCUUCUGGUCAAAUGCCAUUUUGUAUUGAUUCAGUUGUCAGAAAUCGUGUUCAUACUGAAACUAUCUAAUUUGGUGCACCCUAUGCACCUUGUAAAAAAAGACAGAUUUACCUCUAAAAACUACUUUUUUGGUUCAGAGAAUCCAAACUCAGACUAGUAUCAGUGCAAAGCAGAUUAAAACAUUUAAAUGACAGAAAAGACAACUGGUAGUCUAAGUUCAAUAACAACAAAAUCCACCCUGGACACAAUCCAACUGUUACUCAAAGGGAAUGCGUUAAAUAAUUUGUAAACAGUUUUUAAUAGUUAAGUGGUUUCAUCUGAUAAAACAGUCUUCAUCAGAAAUCAAUGCAUUAAAUUUAGUUUGCUGUACAUGUAUAUGUACACACACACACUCACACACACACACACACACAC